CGAUAUUGCGUUCUGGUUUCUUUGCUUGCGUGAUGUUACACUGGGUCAAUGCGUCUGGACAGCUCUGUCUAAAACGGAGUUACCGCUACGGUAUUGAGAAUCGCUGAUGAUUGCCGUUGGGUGAACUUGAGCAGCAAGGAGCAUGGCAGAAUGGGAGUGGCUUGAGUUUCGACACACGAGUUCUGUUUUGGACGAAAACACCAGAGAGCUUCAGAACUUUGAAGCUCCGAGGGAAAUGCAAGAACAAUUCAGCAAGCUUUCAAAGUUUGAACCCAACAUUCACUAAAUGGACAGACUAAGGGCAUGAAUACUGGGCUAACCACACCCCACUCCUGGCUAGGGGCCAAUAACCACAGCAGCAACCAAUCGAACGAGACGUGUGCGCAUGCCGGAGUGGGCGGCCGUGACAGGAGCCAGGUGCUCAUGGGAUUGCUGCUGAGCUGUCUGUGCAUCGUCACUGUGCUGAUGAACACCCUGGUGCUGUACGCCGUGAAAAGCGAGCGCGCCUUGCACACGGUGGCCAACAUGUACAUCACAAGCCUGGCUUCGGCAGAUUUCCUCAUAGGGAGCGUUGUGAUGCCUCUGAGCCUCGCCUACCUGCUGGACGAGGAGUGGAAGAUGGGCCGAGCCGCCUGCAAAUUCUGGCUGUCCCUCGAUUACAUAGCCAGCACUGCCUCCAUUUUCAGCCUGUUUGUCCUCUGCCUGGAUCGCUACAGGUCAGUACGCAGGCCCUUGGCUUAUAUCCGGCUCAGGACCAAAGCCAGGGCUGGCUGGCUCAUUGCUUUGGCCUGGCUGCUGUCCGCAAGUUGGCUGGUCCCCAUACUGGGUUGGCCACAGUCUGCUGGUGGCGCGGAAACAGAUACCGUAGUAACCCAGAAGCAGUGUGACACUGAAUUCAGACACUCCAGCUGGUUCAAGCUGCUAGCAGCCUUCCUGAAUUUCUACCUGCCCUCUGCAUUCAUGCUCUGGUAUUACUCUCGCAUAUACAAAGCUGUUCAGAAGCACUGCAGGCAGAGAUCCGGAUCGUUUGGUGUUAGCAGUGGGAUCUUUCCCGAAAGUAACGGCCUUCUAUUUCCAGGAGAAUGGGAAAGCAAAAAGGGCGCCUUCGAACGGGGGAAAGAUCUGGUGUGUACGAAGGUGUGUGGGGGUAAAAGGAGAUCUAAUUUGAGGAGUUUUAAGUACAAAUGUGGGCGUCCGAUUUCAGAGCAGAAUUCGGACGGGCCAUCUGUUUUUUCUGAAUACCGUCACCACUACCCAGUUUCUUUCUCGGGUGUAAGGCUCCCAUCUGGAUAUACCCGGCUGAUGGGCAUGGAGCUCAAACCCAUCAAGAAGGGUCAUUCCCAAGCUCUAAAAACACACGCCGACCAAGAUAGUGGAGAGAGAUUUAUGGAGGAAGGGAUAGCGAACAGGAUUCAUCCUCAAACGUCCGCCAGGAAGUGUGGCGGGAAAGGAACUGACAUUCCAGAGUGGAAGGAAAUGCAAGACAUUUUGAAAAUCCGAAACUUGUGCGAGAUUCCCGUAAAAGGGUCAGGGAGAAACCCCGGGAAUGGGAACGCGAAGUCUGUCCGACGAGAGCCUUGGAUGCGGGGGAGCUUUCCCAGACGCCCCUCCUGGAAGAAUAAGGACAGGAAAGCCGCGAGGCAGCUGGGCGUGAUCGUGGCAGUGUUCAUGGUUUGCUGGACCCCGUACUUUGUCUCCUUCACCAUCACGGCUCUGUGUGACUCUUGCAUAAGUGCUCACACCCACAUGGUCACAAUCUGGCUGGGGUACCUGAACUCCACCCUCAACCCAUUCAUCUACCCUCUCAGUAACACCACCUUCAGAAAGACGUUCAGACAGACCCUCAGACAGCAGCACUGUCUGGCUAGAACGCACUGCUUUUAAAUGUGUUUUCCAAAAACCCAGCUGUCUUAGUUAAUGUGCUGCAGAUUUCCCUUAUCAGCGUUUCAGUUAUCACUUGUCAUGGUGACUUCGAAAAGCUUAAAGCAGAUCUGUGCAUCUUUUUUGGUUAUUAGAGCUAAAUGGA